CAACCCGACCCAUUUACGCACCCCAGGACCAAGAUAGCAAAUGGGCCUCUUUUUACGUCUCCUUUUCCUUUCUGAGUUUCUGUCACUUUUAAACCCUAACAUCUAAAACCCUAGACGCGUAUACUGUAUACACACAUACAUACGUACAAUUCGUAAUUGAAAUGGGGAAGAAGCGAAAGCACGUUGAGACCGUAACAGAGAUACCUAAACAAGAAGACAAAGAAGUAGUAGUAGAAGAAGAAGCCAAGCAUAACAAUGAAACUCAUUCUGGGCCCAUAUUUAGAAACAAAGAGAAAGUCUUGGUCACUUGUUCUCGUCGCAUUAAUUUUAGGUAUAGGCACUUGAUGUUGAAUUUAGUGUCGCUGUUGCCGCAUUGUAAGAAAGAAAAUAAAGUUGAAUCCAAGGCGGCUCUUAAUGAGCUUGUUGAACUUAGAAGCUGCUCGUCUUGUCUCUUUUUUGAGUCACGUAAAGAAACAGACCUUUAUUUAUGGAUGGCAAAGUGUCCUACUGGUCCGUCUGUCAAGUUCAUAGUUAAUGCAGUUCAUACUAUGGAAGAAUUGAAACUUACUGGAAAUCAUCUCACUAAUUCACGCCCUCUUUUGACCUUUUCCACAAGUUUUGGUAAAGAUGCUCACUGGAGACUGUUAAAAGAGAUGAUCACACAGAUAUUUGGAACUCCCAAGGAUUACAGAAGAACCAAGCCAUACUAUGACCAUGUAUUUGCUUUCUCAAUUGUUGAUGACCACAUCUGGUUCCGAAAUUAUCAGAUUUCCUGUUCUCAUACCGAAGCAGAUAAGAUAGACCGAGAGGGGCUUGACAAGAUGACCCUCGUUGAGGUUGGUCCAAGAUUUUGUUUAAAUCCAAUUAAGGUGUUUGGUGGAAGUUUUGGAGGCCAGACACUAUACGAGAAUCCAUUUUAUGUUUCACCGAACCAGAUUCGUUCUUUGGAUAAAAAGAAAAAGGCAGGCAAAUAUGCAAAGAAAGUGAAAGCUAAGAUAAGGAGGAAGAUGCAAGAGUUGUCAAAGCCAAUGGAGGAAGAUGAAUUUGCAGACACAUGGCAGGAUCAGUAGAGCUGAUUGGUCUGAAUUUUAAGAUUUAACUAGUGCUGGUUCUCUUUACUCUUAUUUGUAUUUACUAUGUCUGGUGAUGGAUAAAUACUCUUUCAAGUUACUCUAGAAUGGCUGGUAUAUGAAUCACUUCACUUUUGCUCAA